ACAUGGGCCACGACCAUUAUGUUUUGGACUGUCUAUGCUCAAAUGACAACAUUUUCAGUGUCACAAGCUACAACAAUGGACCGUCACAUCGGAAAUUUCGAAAUUCCUCCGGCCUCAUUGACACUUUUCUUCGUCGGAAGUAUCCUCUUAACGUGCAUAUUCUACGACCGUGCCGUCGUACCGGUUUGUCGACGUGUCCUAAACAAUCCUCACGGUACAACCCCGUUGCAACGUAUUGCAGUUGGAUUAAUACUUUCAAUUAUAGCCAUGGUUGCUGCUGCUUUAACUGAAGUGAAGAGAUUGAAUGUUGCACAUUUGCAUGGAUUGACCAAUGAUGCAAAUGCCAAGGUUCCUUUGAGUGUUUUUUGGUUAGUUCCGCAAUUCUUGCUAGUAGGGGCAGGUGAGGCAUUUACUUAUAUCGGACAACUUGAUUUCUUCCUAAGGGAGUGUCCUAAAGGAAUGAAGACAAUGAGCACGGGGUUAUUCUUGAGUACACUUUCAUUAGGGUUUUUCUUUAGUUCUAUUUUGGUGACUAUAGUGCAUAAGGUGACAGUGAAAAACCCAUGGUUAGCUGAUAAUUUAAACCAAGGAAGACUCUAUGAUUUCUAUUGGCUAUUGGCAACGUUGAGUGUGUUGAAUUUGAUGAUUUUCUUGUUUAUUUCAAGACGGUAUGUGUACAAGGAGAAGAGACUUGCUGAAUGUGGGAUUGAAAUGGAGGAUUCAGAGCCAGCUUGCCACUAAAUUGCACAAGGCAAUUAUGUUCUUUAAAGCAAAUUAGGUUUUUUAUUUUAUUUUAUUUUUAUGGUUUUGGGUUUUUCUCUUUUUUGCUUCUUUUAACUUUAUUGGAAAGGUUACGUGUGUAUGGUAACCUAGAUGUAUAUGUACAAGAAAUGGGAAAGAGCCUAGUUAAUGAAAAAUUAUAGAGCUCUUACUCUUCCUUUCUCCCUUGUAUCUGUAGAAUAACCCAAAUAAUAUAAAUCAAAUCUCAAUGCAAGAGCCAGCUUCCCACAGAAA